CACCCGCAGCACCGCCGUCGCCGUCUCGCCGCUCGAGCCUCUCUCCGCCGCCGCCACUGCAGCGCCGGGCCUUCACCUCACGCGCCGCCAUGUCCUCCUCGGGCCGCGCCGUGUCGCCGCCGCACCUCUCCACCUCGCCUCGCAGCGGCGGCGGCAGCGCGGCGCGCGUCUCCGGCGAGAUGGCGCACGACCUCCUCGACGACGCCCGGCGUGGCUCGCAGAUGGAGCACGACCUCGACGCCGCGCGCGCCAUGUCGCGGGCGCGCGCCAACAGCAACGUCGGGCGCUCCGCCAUGCCCACGACGUCGCCGCGCUCCAUCCCCUACCAUGCGCGGCACCCGUCCGACAACCCGGACAUGCUGCCGGGCCCGGCGAUGGACUUUGACGAGACGCGCGCCGGCAGCAGCGGCAAUGCCGCCACCAUGGGCGGCACCUCGACGUCGCCGCGCCACGCCUUUACGCUCGGCAACUCGCCCGCGGCGCUGCGGCACCAGCACUUCUACCACCACCGCCAGGGCAGCAACACGAGCCUCGACAGCGCCAACCACUUCAUCGACCACCGCUCCAACCAGCUCGCCUCGUCGUACGUGCCCAGCCCGUCGCGCCUGCACAGCAACUACAGCGCCGCCUCCAACGGCGGCGCCGCAUUCGGGCGCUCGCUCAACCAGCGCGGUGCAGCGACGCGCAGCCCGCAUGCGCUGCGCGCUGGCAUGAGCCCGGGAGAGGAGGCGGUUGCGGAGGAUGAGGGCCCGCACGUUGACGACAUUCACCGCGCCGCUGCCCGGCGCCGUGCCUCGCGAGCUUCGGGCGCGCGCGACGACGCCGACCUUGCCGUGCCCGGCACGCCGCACACGAUGAGCCGGCGUCCCAGCAUGCUGGAGGACGACGUGUGCUUCCCGAUGACGACGCCCGGCGACGAGCUGACGCACGAGCACCUGGAAGGCGGCAUGCACCACACGCCGCGCAAUGCGCUCGGCGGAGACGAGCAUGACCACGACAUGCACCACCACCACGCCGGCCAGGAGCGCUGCCCGCCCGGAUACCCCUUCACGUUUGACCUGAGCGCGCUCGAGACGUUUGCCGCAGAGGAGCGCACGCGUCUAGAGGCCGGCGCCACUGCCACCAGCUCGUCGUGGGCUGCCAACGGCCUGCGGCAGCGCAGCGCUGCGACAUUGCCGAUUGCGCCGCGCGGAGCUGAGGCUGCUCAGGGCGCGGAGCGCGCUGCGGCCUACGCCGUCAGUCCUGACUCGGACGAUGCGACGUUCUACUCGCGGCGCCCGCGCCGCUUCGCUCCCGCAGAUGGCACCGAUGCUGGAGGCGGAAGCAGCAGAUACCAGCGCAAGCUGGCCCUCUUUGAAGGCGGCUCCAGCGCGACGUCGCCGCCGCCGAUUCCGGUCAGCGGACGGCCGACGAUCAUGGGCAACGGCCUGCUCGUCACUGCCGAUGCCGACCGGGCGCGAGCCAACUCGGCCGCAGCGGACGCAAAGACGCCACUGCUUGCUGGCGGCUCUGCGCCGUCGUACGACGCCGGCCGGUACGACGAGGCAUCGAAGCAGCAUCUGCCGCAGCCGCAGGGCCGCAGCGACUCGUUUGUGCACCCGCGCGACCGGCGCCGCAACACGACGGCCUUUGGUGCGCGCAGUACAACGGAGAAGCCCUAUCGCUUCACCUUCUACUCCAAUGCGCUGCCUUCGACGAUCCACGCGCGGCACCUCGCCGAGCUGCCGGCGCCGGGCCAGACAUUCGAGGAGCUCUUCUCGGGCCUUGUGCCCGAGACGCCAAGCAACGAGCAGACGCGCGCGCCCACGCCAGGCGAGACGGCGACGGAGGAGGCAGGCAGCGGCGGCUCGGGCGCGCGGCCUGCGAACCGGCAGGCCAGUGCGCUCUCUGCGCAGCUCGGGCGCAUGGAAGGCAACACUGCGCCGCCAACGGGCGCCAACACGCCCGAGCUGGCCAGUGCUCCGCUCGGCGGCCCGGCGCCGUCUGUCGCAGGCCAGUCUGGCUUUCAGCGCGCGUCAGGCGCCAACCUGGCGCGCAACUCGUCUGUCCCGGCCAACGCUGGCCGCGUCAUCCCAGGCGGCGGCAUCCGCAUGGACCAGGACCCUGAGGCUAACACGUGGUGGCUCGACGUGCUGAGCCCCACUGACCAGGAGAUGAAGCUGCUCAGCAGAGUCUUUGGCAUUCACCCGCUGACCACCGAGGACAUUCUGAUGGAGGAGACGCGCGAGAAGAUUGAGCUCUUCCGCAACUACUACCUCGUCUGCUUCCGCUCCUUCGACCAGGACCCGUACAGCCCGACCUAUCUCGAGCCGCUGAACAUGUACAUCAUCGUCUUCCGCGAGGGCACGCUGUCGUUCCACUUCCGCGCCACGCCGCACCCGCAGAACGUGCGCCGGCGCAUCAAGCAGCUCAAGGACUACAUCAACGUGACGUCCGACUGGAUCUCGUAUGCGCUCAUUGACGACAUCACCGACGCGUUUGGCCCGCUGAUUCAGUCGAUCGAGUACGAGGUCGACUCGAUCGACGAGCUCGUGCUCAUCCUCAAGGAGGCCGAGCAGAGCGACAUGCUGCGCCGCAUCGGCACAUGCCGCAAGAAGGUCAUGGGUCUGCUGCGCCUCAUGGGCAACAAGGCCGACGUCGUCAAGGGCCUGGCGAAGCGCUGCAACGAGAACUGGAGCGUGGCGCCCAAGUCCGACAUUGGCCUCUACCUCUCCGACAUCCAGGACCAUCUCAUCACCAUGACGCAGAACUUGAACCACUACGAGAAGAUUCUCUCGCGCAGUCACUCGAACUACCUCGCGCAGAUCUCCAUCGAGAUGACGGACGCGAACAACCAGAUCAACGACGUGCUCAGCAAGCUCACGGCGCUCGGCACGGUCAUCGUGCCGAUGAACGUCAUCACCGGCCUGUGGGGCAUGAACGUGCACGUGCCGGGCCAGGACGUGACGGACAACCUCUACUGGUUUGCCGGCAUUGUCUCCUUCAUGGCCGUCAUCGGCAUCGCCGGCUACGUCGCGACGAUCAAGUACCUCAACCGCACCUAGAGCAGUUGCA